CGCUCAGAGCUCGCGAAGCAGUUCACCACCAACAAUAGUGGCAGCUCUGGCUCGCUAUUCGCGCAAUUCAGCGAGAAUCCCUUUUUUGCCGCCGGCUUCGGUCUUGCAGCGCUUGGGGUUGCGGCGCGUACAGGCCAGAAAGGACUUCAGCAUGGCGCUGCAUUCGUACGGCGGCGCAUGCUCGUCGACCUCGAGAUAACGCGCCACGACGCUGCCUAUCCGUGGCUCCUCCAAUGGAUGACCACCUACCACCGAACGCAGCAAACUAGCACACAGUCGGUUGCGCAAAGCGGCGUGCUCAACAGAGUGCUCAAUCGCAUCGACCCGCGCAUGCAUCACCUCCAGGUGCGGACAUCAGCGCCCCAAGACGGACCUUCGCACGCUGCGCAUUUCCACUUUGUCCCCGGGCCUGGCAGACACUUUCUACGUUACAGAAAUGCCUUCAUUCUCGUCGACAGACAGAGACAGCAGAAUGCCCUUGAAAUAAACGGUGGCGAGCCUUUCGAGACAAUAAGUUUGACUACACUGUACUCCCAUCGCAGUGUGUUCGAGGAUAUCUUUGCCGAAGCGCAUAAACUCUACCAGCAAUCACAGGAGGGAAAGACGAUCAUAUACAACUCUAUGGGCACGGCAUGGCAACCUUUCGGAGAGCCCAAACGGAAGCGUCCCUUAGACUCGGUAGCACUCGAGCGUGGUGUGAAGGAGAGGAUCGUCGAAGACAUGGAGGCUUUCAUCUCUUCGCGCACUUGGUAUCUUGACCGUGGCAUACCGUACAGAAGGGGUUAUCUGCUCUACGGCCCUCCAGGGACGGGGAAGAGCUCCUUCAUCCAAGCUCUGGCAGGGCAUCUGGAUUUCAAUAUCGCUAUUCUGAACGUCAGCGAGCGAGGCCUCACAGACGACCGACUGAACCAUCUGCUGACCAAAGUCCCGCGACGGACGUUAGUGCUACUAGAAGAUGUGGAUGUUGCGUUCAUGAAUCGAAAGACGCCUGGGCCAGAUGGCUUUGCAAGCGCUUCCGUAACGUUUUCUGGGCUGUUGAAUGCCCUUGACGGUGUAGCUAGUGCUGAAGAGCGUAUCAUCUUCUUGACAACGAACCACGUUGAAAGACUAGACGAGGCUCUCAUCCGACCCGGUCGAGUGGACAUGACUGUUCGUCUUGGGGAAGCAACCCAGUACCAGAUCGAGCAGCUGUGGGACCGGUUUUACGCCGAAUUCGAUGCAGGCGGUCAUGCGAAGCAGAGAUUUUUGGCCAAGGUCAAAGAGUUGGGCCUCAUCGACUCGGUGAGCACGGCAGCGCUACAGGGACUAUUCCUCUACAACAAGGACGAUGUCGAAGGCGCCAUUAGUAUGGUAGAGGGCCUCACCGCUGGUCACAAACGGCUGGAGGGUCAUGUGGGCAUAGCUGGGCAUGUGGACGUUAAAUGAUCGGGCUCUGGUAGAGAUGACAUCACUCCAAACAACCUUGAACAUGUUUGCAAAAAGCAACAAUGCGG